AUGAAAAGUUUCCAACGCUUUUUUGUUAUACUUUUUUUUAUAAAUUUUAUUUUUGGACAACAUUUUGCACAAGAAAAACAACGACAACAUGGUGUAAAAACACAAAUUAUUCAUAGAAUAUUUUCAGAUUAUGAUCCAUCAUUACGACCACCACCACAAGAAGGAUCAGAACACAAUUCAAUAGUGGUAAUGGCUUCAUUAGUUAUUUCAAGAAUAAAUCUUGAUGGUCAAAUGGCAGAAAUGGAUAUUACAUUAAAACAACAAUGGCUUGAUAAUCGUCUAUCAUACCAAGUUGAUCCACGUGAAGGUAUUGAUGAAAUAAGAAUUGAUAGUAGUCGUGUUAUUUGGACACCAAAAACAUAUUUUCCAAAAUCUAAACUUAUUUCUAUUGAACCAAUGGAUACUUCUUAUGUUGUUGAACCAUCAGGUUUUAUUAGAUCAAAAGAAAAACUUACACUUCAAACAUCUAUAGAAAAUACACCAUCUUUUCCAUUUUCUUCUGAUAAAGCAAUAACAUUAAAAUUAUCUUCUAAAGAGAAUAGAAUUGAAGAUGUUGCUUAUGUUUGGUCACAUGCGCCACCAGCUUUAAAACCAGUAACAGUUUUUGAUUUUGCUCUUCCUAUGGGAUAUUCAUUUAAAGAAGCAUUUGCUGGUGAUUGUGUUGGUAAUUAUACAAUCGGAAGUCAUUCUUGUAUUUAUGUAACAAUUCAUCUUGAAGGAUCAUCUGGAGAAUCAUUAAUUUCAUCAUUUAUUCCAUCAUUGUUAUUACUUAUUUCUUCAUGGUUACACUUUUUUAUUUUACCAACUUGGUCAGUUCCUAGAACUAUUAGUGCUAUAAUACCAUUUAUUGUAUUCAUUUGUGUCGCAUUAUUUUCAAAUAAUUGGUUUUGGAGUAAACAUCUUGGAAGUGGAUUUCAAUAUUGGUUAUUAUUUUGUAUUGUUUUAUCUUUUCUAUCCUUUUUAGAAUAUUUUCUAGUAAUAAUUUUUAAUGGAAAACGUAAAGAAAUGCAUUAUAUAUUACCACAAUCAACUCAAAAUAAUAAUUCUUUGACAAACAAUAAUGAAGUUAAAGUAACAAAUAUACCAGUUGAAAUUGAUGAUCAAUCACUUUCAAAAACUAAAUGCCAGAAAUUUUUACAAAAUAUUGAUAUUAUUUCACGAAUCAUUUUCCCAUUAGCAACAAUUGUAUUCAUUCUUUUAUUUUCAAUUUUCAAUUAUUUUUAA